AUGGUCUCAACGCGGUCCUCCUCGCGCGCGCUGCCCAACGGCCUCGACGCCUCCCCCUCCCCAUCCCCUGCGCGCGCCGUUGUCUCCGCCGCCCGCGACAACAAAUCCACUCCGCGAGGCUGGUCCCACGCGCCAACCUCCAUCACCCUCUUCUGGCUCCUGAUAUCCUUGCCCCUCGUGGCCUGGGACACGGGCUACGUCCUGCUGCGGCCGUGGACCAUGCCGGGCGGCCACCUCCACUGGCCGCUGUACGUCCCGUAUGCGCUCUACGGCGAGGUUGACUACGUCUACGGCUGGAAGGCCUUCAACGCGCGCAGCGGCUUCACGUCCGCGCAGGGCGCGCUCAACGCUGUCGAGACCUUCAUGUACCUAGUCUACGUGUGGCUCUACUUCUCGCGCGGGAAGGCUGUCGAGGGGCCUGCGGGCGUGAAGAAGGCUGUCGGCGGGAGGGCUGGAGCGUUGGCCAUCGUGAUCGGGUUCAGCGCGGCUGUCAUGACGUUGAGCAAGACGAUACUCUACUGGGCGAACGAGUACUUCUCCGGCUUCGACAACAUCGGCCACAACACGCCGAUGGAUCUACUCUUCAUGUGGAUCAUUCCCAACGGCGCGUGGAUCGUUGGCUCGGGCUACAUGGUCUUUUCCAUGGGUAGCGAAAUCGUCGAUGGUCUGGCCCUCGCCUCCAAGACCACAAAGACCGAGUAA